GUUGAGCCAUUUUUCAAAAAAUCAACUGAUAAAAUAAAUUAUGUGGACCGGAAAAUUCCAAAAUUUAAAGGAUUGCUCCACUAUUAAUGGCGGCCUUACACUGAGGAAUUUCUCGCAACAAUCUCGACUCCUCCUUAUAGUCUCUCAGCCUCUCUCUCUCUCACACCAAACAAACACACAAUAUGGGGAUAGUAAAAAAUCUGCACAUGAACAAAGGAGAAGGUGAAAACAGUUAUGCCAGAAAUUCCACAGUACAGAAAGAAAUAAUAGAAUUCAGUAGCUCAGUAAUGGAGGAAUUGGUGGCGGAUUCCCUGCGGCGGACCACACCAGAAAGCAUGGGGAUAGCGGACUUGGGCUGCUCGUCUGGCCCAAACACUUUAAUGGUUGUGAAGAAGAUCAUAAACGCGGCCCACUUGGCGAGUUUGCAGAUGGGCUCCAAACUGCCGGAGCUUAGGAUAUCGCUGAACGACCUUCCGGGCAACGAUUUCAACAGCCUGUUUUUGUCGUUGGACGAUUUUUACGGCAGCUUUAAAGACGAAAAGGUUGUAGGGUUUGACCGCUGCUUUGUCUGUGGUGUCGCGGGCUCUUUCUACCGGAGACUUUUCCCGAAGAGGAGUCUUCAUUUUGUUCACUCUUCAUCUAGUCUCCACUGGCUAUCUCAGGUCCCACCAAGCCUAGACAAGAACUCAGACAAACAUAAGAACAAAGGAAAGAUUUACAUAUCAGAGACAAGCUCGGAUUGCGUGUCGAAGGCUUACCUGGCCCAGUUUCGGAAGGAUGUCUUGGAUUUCCUAAGAUGUCGGGCCCAAGAGAUAGUGGGCGGCGGCGGUAUGAUGAUAUCGUUAAUGGGCCGUGUCUCGCCCAAUGCCUCUGCUGAAGUGGGCUGCUAUCAGUGGGAACUCCUUGCUCAAGCUCUCAUGUCCAUGGUCCCUCAGGGACUUGUCCACGAAGAGGAUAUCGACUCUUUGAAUGUUCCGUAUUACGCGCCGUCACCUAAAGAAGUAAGAGAUAUAAUCCAAGAGGAGGGUUCGUUUGUCAUCAAUCAUUUAGAGGCAUUCGAGAUCAAUUGGGAUGAAGGAACCGAGCGUGAGUGCCACGAUUACGAACUAAAAAUAUCAUCGAGGGGCCAACGAGUUGCCAAGACAAUUAGGGCAGUGGUGGAACCAAUGUUUGAGUCCCAUUUUGGAAAAGGCCUCAUGGAUGAGUUAUUUGUUAGGUAUGGUCAAUUGGUCGACGGCUAUUUUUCUAAAACUCACCCAAGGCAUAUAAAUCUAGUCAUUUCAAUGACGCGAAAAGAUUAAACCAAAUGAUGAUAUGUAGAAGUACGCAUAAUUAAUGACAUGCCACGCCUAAAUGAAACAUAAAUCAUCAUCAUUGAUUUU